AUGGGCGAUGAGCGUGCCAGCGAGGAGACGGUACAGAAGGGAGAGGAGGUGCUGGAGGAAGUGCGCCAUGCCAUGCUGAACUGGAUUGGAGAAAACAAACGUCUGGAGGAUUUCCGCUUGGUCGAGCGCGAGGUGCAGCUUCUCAGCAGCCGCUUGGUCUCAGCCACACGCCGCACCACAGAGGUGACGAGGAAGGAUGAUUCACUGCCAGCCGCGUCAGCCGAUGAGCUUGAGGCGGAGAGCUCCCAGCCGCCUGAGCCCAGCGAGCUGUGCGAACGAUAUGCGGAAGAGCAACUGCAAUUCGAGGAACUCUCCUUCUGCUAUGGCUUGCGAUGGAGGUCAAAAAGCUCCAAUGGUGUGGACUUCCACUGGGUGACCUUGCAGCUCGACGUGCAGCGAGGUGACUCCGAGCAACGGCGGUUGGUGGACUUCGAGGGUCAUCGCAGCAGCGAUUUCCGAAAGGAUGAGGCCAUGCACUGCGUGGACCACGAGUUGGUGCGGCACUUGCACCGCUGGCUUUUGCCCUCGCUGGCCUCGCCAGUGCUCCUACUGGACGGAUCGGCUAGACGGAGGGGAGCGACCGGUGGCCAAAGCGCAUGA